AGCCGCGGUAUCCUGUACACGCUAUCCGUGUGUGACGGGAUUUUCGCUUUAAUUCUUUUGCCAAACAGUAACGGAAAUAGGUCGAUUUUGUGCAUUUAAAGUCGAAUAUGGCAGACAAAGCCGGUGGUAAAGCUUUAGCAGGGUUCAAUUUCGUCGCUCAGGACCAGAUUUGGAAAGACCACGUAAAAUACGAAGAAGACUCUAGGAAAAGUUGGCCACAACAUUGGGGCUUUUUGAAAACAACAUAUAGAGACUUAGUAAAAGAUGAUUUCCCCAAGACAGAACGUGAGAAAAUCAUUCUUCCCCCACCCUUGGCACUUCCUCCAAUAACACCAAUAUCAAGAUACAUCAAAAUUGGCAGAUCACCAGCGGUUCCAGAAACCACAGCUCAAUUUGUUGGUUGGCGCUCUACUAAGUAUGACUGCAGACUAGAGAAAUAUGGACGAUAUGCCAAACCCAAAGGUGGUCUUGUAAGACAACUAAAUUGGCCACAAGAGGGGAUUGACUAACAUACAAAACAGUAUAUGUUUUUGGUAGGGUCAGCCAUUUUAUUUUAUUGUACAGUGGACUGGGUUAAAUCUAUGCAUAUUAUGUGAUCCAUUGCAUUUCUGUGUCACAGUAAGUUCACAGUGAAAACUAUAAAUGACCUCCGAAACCAUCUUUCCUUCCUGCAUAGCAAAAUCUGUGAAACCAUCUAUGUACAGAUUUAUUUGCGAUCUUUUUAAAGUCAUUUGAAUAUCACAAAAAUAACUCGUAAAAAGCAAAUAUGUGUUAGGUCUGAAUAUUUGUGAUUUUUGUGAAAUUUGCACAUCUAUGGAGAUCAGUCUGAGAAUUUGAUGAUCCCCAUCAAUCUGUGAUAGGGCUUCCCAUUGUGGUUGAAUUCAAGGAGAGCAAUGGUCCUCUCCGCUGAGGUUAAUUGGAUGAUCUUUGACCUCUUGUGGUAAUAAACAAGAUACCCUAUUAGGGAGAUGUCAUUGUGAUGUUAAAGGGGCAUAUAUUAUAUAUUCUCUUUUCUAUGCAGUCAAUUUGACAUCAAGGAGGUAUGACAUCAGGGGUGAAAGAAUAAUUUCACAAUUCAUAAUAAAAAUGACUCAUGGGUAUUUGUAUGACAGUGUAAUUUAUACACCUAGUAUUUUUUUUUGGGGGGGGGGGCUGAUUGCAUACUUUACAGCACCAACCUGAACACCAUUCCUAGGGGACCAUCGCUCUUCUUGUUACCUUUUACCAAUAUUUUUGUGUCUGCCAUUCUAGAUUUCAGUGUCAACGUAAUUGAAUGACAUAUUUGCUCUUUCAAUUCCACAUGUACUGUAUUUGCUUUAUUAGAAGCACAUCUCCAAUAGAAGUGUAUGUCAGCUGAAUGAAUAUGCAUGUUGGAGUUGGAGCAAAUAUGGUAAUCUGACUUGCAUGAUGAACCCAGUUCACUAUCAUACUAUAGCAAUUUAUAGCACAGUGACCAAGCCAUGUUAUCACUUGAUUUAUUCUUUUUAUCACAUUGCGUUUUUUAACUGUAUUUUUUUAUUAGUAAAUCCAAAAUGACCAACUUGUGCUAAAAACCUAAUGACUGGCAGAUGUAUCAUAUUUCAUAGCCAAAUGUAAUGUCAAAUCUGAUUGGUCAGUUUGCAUGCCAGGUGGCAUGAUAAUUAUAGUUUGAAGUUGAUAUUCAAUGCCACAGCACAUGAAAAUAUAUUACAAGUGACUUUAGAUGCAUCGUCAUUCCGUCCAUGUAAAUUUUAAAAAGCUAAAGAUUACAUGUUUUUUUGAAUAUCCCUUUCUCAACCUGAAAUUUCUCUCACAAAUGUCAGCACUUUUCAUGAAAAAGUGAACAAAUAAAUUUGCAGCAACUUCUUUUCAUAUUUAAACCAGUAUGGCAUUCAAUAGAUUUUGCUUCGCUUGUGACAACCUCUUGCCUCAUUGCCAUACUAGCUGUUUAUAUUAUUGGUUGCUAGUCUCAUACAUGUAGUACUAGGCAUUCAUUAUUUUUUAGCUAAAUGGUGAAUCAUGAUUGCAAUUUAAAUGAAAUCAAUAUCUUUUGUUGUCUUCCAAAUUGUAUACAUGAAGAGUACCAGUUGCCAUGGUAUACUUGUUCCUGGUUCUGAAACUGACAAUGUCAUUGUUGUUUUUCAGGCCACUAAUAUGUUUCUACCUGCAACUUUAAUUUGAUGAAAACAAUGUUUCCUAAUAUGGACUUAAAUUGCAAUCAAAGCAGAGCAUUCAGGCAAAAUUGCAUAAUUGACUAUAGUCAGUAGUACAACUGUCAACUGGCGGUUAGUCAGCAGGAAUGAAACAUGAAUUUUAAUACUACAGUCAUGUAAUUUCACCUUCAGUAAUCAGUCAAUUUGUUGCAAACAAAUAUAUUGCAUUUAAUCCAAAAACAUUGAAAAAUGAUGUUUUUGAGUUUUGUUUUAUUACCAAACAACUGACAUCAAGCUACUGGCUCCAUUUCAUAUCAUUUAUUUACUAUUUUUCUUUCGUAAAUUUAAAUAUUUAAUAGUAUUACGUACGUGGGAGUGGAACAAUACUUAUUUUUAUAGUAGAGUGUAUUUUUUAUGAUUGGUUGUUAAAACAGGCUGUACCAGUAAAUGUAACUCAGAAUAAUGGGUCCACUAGAGCAAAUACACCGACUGUCUGGAGUAGAUGGAGGAGCCACCUGUGCAGUCAUUAAAAAGAAAAGUCACUUUAUUUUCACAUAAAUCAAUAAUCAUGUGCAUAUACAGUUUUAU